AUGGAACUAGAAAACAGAACAGCAGUCUCCAAAUUCCUCCUCCUGGGACUCUCAGGGAAGCCAGAGCGUCAGCCCCUAUUCUUUGGGGUUUUCCUCUCUGUGUACCUGGUCACCGUGUUUGGGAACCUGCUCAUCAUCCUGGCCGUCGGCUCAGAGCCCCGCCUGCACACGCUGUACUUCUUCCUCUCCAGCCUGUCCCUUGUUGAUGUCUUCUUGUCUUCCACCACCAUCCCCAAGAUGCUGGUGAACCUCCACACCCAGAACCGAACCAUCUCCUUUGCAGGCUGCCUUGUCCAGUGUAUGUAUGCCUUCCACCUGUUCGGGACCAUGGACAGCUUCCUCCUGGCCAUCAUGGCCGUUGACCAGUUUGUGGCCAUCGUUCACCCUUUGCGCUACUCUGUCAUCAUGAGCUCCUGUGCCUGAGGGCUGCUGCUGGGGGUGCCGUGGCUGAUCACCAACCUCCAGUCGCUGGUGCACACCUGCCUCAUCGCUCAACUGACCUUCUGUGCCAGCCCCCAAAUUGCCCACUUCUUCUGUGACCUCAUGCCCCUGCUGAAGCAGGCCUGCUGGGACACACACACCAACAGACUCGUCAUCUUUGUUUUCGGCAUCAUCAUGAGCAUCAGCCCCCUCUCCUGCAUCCUCCUCUCCUACAUUUGCAUUUUCUGGGUGGUCCUUAAGAUCCCUUCUGCUCAAGGCAAGUGGAAAGCCCCUUCCUCCACCUGUGGUUCACACCUCACUGUGGUGUCACUGUUCUAUGGCAUCAUCUUCGCCACGUACUUGCAGCCCGCAUCUCCCACCUCUUCCCAGAAGGACAAGGUGGCCGCCUUGAUGUGUAGGGUGGUCAUUCCUAUGCUGAACCCCUUUAUCUACAGUCUCAGGAACAAGGACAUGAAGGCAGCCCUGAGGAAGCUCAUCUGCAAAGCAGCCUCCCCUCAGUCCUAG